AUGGGGAGAAGGGUCGAGACUGUUGUACCUGCGUCGCUGGACGAGGAUGAGGUGAUGUACAGGAUAGAGUACGUACCGGAAUCGUCGAUCGCGAGAUCUCGGAUCCCACCUGUACCGUACAAUCCUCUACUGUAUAAGAUUGACGGGGGAUCCACUCGGGAUCAGCUGGGAGAAGCUGGGUUCUCGAGAGGGUUUGAGUCGCGAGAACAGAUGUGCGCGAAGAAUCACGAUCGGUAG